CGCUGUUGUGUCUGUUUAGAUUAUGAUGUUUUGUUUUUAUAAAGUAUCAUUUGUCUGUUUUAAUUCUCAAUAAUUAUUUGUCAUAUUAUAAUGUGUGUGAUAAAUGUAAAUAUAUUUAUGUUCCGGAAUAUUAUAUUCCACUUUCUAUGAGACAAUGGAAUUGGUAUUUUCAACGCUUUGAAGAAUCUGGUCAUAUGAUUGAGGAUGAUUGAGAGCGUGUCGCGGCGCGCCCUCGGGGGCUCCAGCGGGACGUACAACGUGCGAGCGUCGGAGCUGGCGCGUGACAGACUAAAGACACUCAGCGCGACUGUCGUGUUCCUGGACGACACGCAGCACUGCUUCCAACUAGAGAAAAGAGCCAAGGGGCAAGUCUUGCUGGAGUCAGUCUUUCAACAUCUGGAGCUGAUAGAGAAAGAUUAUUUUGGACUGCAAUUCUCUGAAACCGGAGUACUUCCUAACCCACCUAAUUCUGAUCUCAUGCGCUGGCUAGACCCUGUGAAACCAGUCAAAAAGCAGUUAAGAGGCAAUGGAAACCUGUAUUUCUGCGUCAAGUUCUACGUGUCAGACCCCAGCAAGCUGCAGGAGGAGUACACAAGGUACCACUUCUAUCUACAGAUACGCAAGGACAUUAUGACUGGUCGUCUGCUACUACCUCCUAGCACUGCGUGUCUACUGGCCAGCUACACUGUGCAGUCUGAGCUGGGAGACUACAAUCCCGAGGAGCAUGGACCGAGGUAUCUGUCUGGUCUACAGCUGGUCCCCAACCAGACUGACGAGAUGGAGAAGAAGAUUGCUGAGCUCCACAAACUACACAAGGGCCAAACACCAGCUGAUGCGGAGUUUAACUUCCUAGAUCAUGCCAAGCGUCUGGAGAUGUAUGGAGUUGACCUUCACAAAGCCAGGGAUGUGGGAGGCAAGGAGCUGCAGCUGGGGGUCACAUCAAUGGGGUUAGUCGUGUUCCAGAACGGAGUCAGGAUCAACAUCUUCUCCUGGGGGAAAAUCGUCAAGAUAUCCUUCAAGAGGAAACAGUUCUUCAUUCAGCUGCGGAGGGAACAGAGUGAAAACUACGACACGUUGCUGGGGUUCAACGUGGUGACGUAUCGCUCGUGCAAGAACUUGUGGAAGUCUUGUGUCGAGCAUCACACGUUCUUCCGACUGCACUCUCCGCAGACCUCGCGCGGACGACGCUUCCUCUCACUUGGGUCAAAGUUCUCCUACUCGGGUCGCACUCAGUGUCAGACGUUGGAGGACUCGCGUAGCUCGCAGCGCACGGUCGACCGAACUUUCAUACGCAGCCCUACUAAGCGGGUGAUACGUCAAACGGUGCCACAGCCUGGUGGGUUGAAGGCUAGUGGGGGGCCGUCACUGCGACCUUCGCGACCACACGACCACAAGGUGACCAGUGUGGGUGCCCGGGAACCUCGCCUAGCCUGGGGAGAACAGAACACACACAUCUCUGAUGAGGAGGGAGGGUUUCUUGAGAGAGUAGACGAGCCUCAUGCAGCGUUCACUCCGGGAAUGCCAGCUCGCACCAUCACCUACGCAGACGACGAGACUGAUAGUGAUAGACUGUUUGAAACCCCCUUGUAUGGAGAACAACUACCUCCUGUACAGACGGAAGAAGGGCUAGUGUCCAUCAGGAUGAGGCCGGAUGAGCAAGGCAGGUUCGGGUUCAAUGUGAAGGGUGGAAGUGACCUGAACAUGCCUAUCCUAGUGUCCAGGGUGGCUCCUAACACGCCAGCGGACACUUGCUACCCCAAACUGAGCGAAGGGGACCAGGUGCUUCUAAUCAACGGGGUGGAUGUGGGUCACAUGCAGCAUGACCAGGUAGUGAAUCUGAUAAGAGCGGCCAGAGACUCCAGGAUGGGCGAACUCAUACUCACAGUCAGACCUAAUGCUGUGUAUGAAGCAGAUAACCUGGAGGAGGAGCCGGCAUAUCAGUAUGUGCCAGACACAGACACGCCACACCCCAUCACUUUAGGCAGCGACGCCCUCGGACAGUCCAUGCUGCUGCUGGCCGACGGACUGGCUAGCGGGGCGCUGCUGCAACAGUUUGACAAACUGUACCGUAAGAAACCUGGCAUGUCCACCGCAGACGCCAAGCGUGCCGAGAACCAAGUCAAAAACAGAUACAGAGACAUAUCACCAU